AAAUUUUGUGUGUAUUUGUAACUAGGGCUCCAGAGCAAUAGAGGAAGCAAAAAUGAGUCGGAAAAACAAAAGGAGUUUAAAGGAGAAAUUUGCCUUGAAGAACAGCUUGGUUAAAGAAGCCCUCUCAGAAUUCCUGGGAACUUUUAUAUUGAUAGCGCUUGGAUGUGGGAGUGUGGGGCAGGCUGUCCUUAGCCGAGGAGCCCAUGGUGGGCCCAUGACAGUAUCUGUUGGAUUUGCAGUGGCAGUCACCAUGGCAGUGUAUGUGUCUGGGGGGGUUUCCGGUGGUCACAUAAACCCAGCAGUUUCAUUAGCCAUGUGCGUGACUGGAAGGUUAAAAUGGACCAAAUUACCAAUUUACAUAUUAGCACAAUUCCUGGGAGCAUUUGUUGGAGCAGCAGCUGUCUUUGGGAUUUAUUACGAUGCCUUUAUGGAUUAUAGCAGCGGAGCACUUGAAGUCACAGGACCUAACGCAACAGCACAUAUCUUUGCAACAUACCCAGCUCCAUAUCUGUCCCUCAUAAACGGAUUUGCAGAUCAGGUGAUGUCAACAGCUGUUCUUCUUCUGGCUAUAUUUGCUAUUUUUGAUGCAAAAAAUAACAGCGUACCAAAGGGCCUGGAGCCGAUUGCAGUAGGACUCCUUAUAUUGGUACUUACCUGCUCCUUGGGAAUGAACAGCGGCUGUGCCAUGAACCCAGCCAGGGACCUAGGCCCAAGGCUCUUCACAGCCAUUGCAGGAUGGGGAAUGGAAGUAUUCACGGCUGGAAAUAACUGGUGGUGGGUCCCUAUAGUUGCACCUAUGCUGGGGGGAGUACUUGGAGCUGUUACCUAUAUCGUUUUUAUUGAAAUUCAUCAUCCAGAUACUCAGCCAGGAGAAGAAAAUGACAUACAUGAUAAAUAUGAACUUACUAAUAUGGAGUAGAUAAGCGAACAACGUGGUUCUUUCUCUUUUUGUCUUACUGUUUUUAUUCAAAUGAUUGUUUGGACCAUUUUAUAAAAACGGUAUGCCUCAAUUAGAAAUAUACUUUUCAUAGCAGAAAAUUUAUAUAGAAAACAAGUUGAGAAGUGACCUCUUUCAUGAGACAACUGCCUGAUCACAUUCAAAAUUGGAAUCAAGUUACGGUUUUUGGGGGAUAAAUUGUUCUAUCAUGUAGCUUUCACAUCAGGUUGUCACCUACGUGAAACUGUAGUGAGAUGAUACACUUAUCUGUCAGUUCAACACAGAUGAUCUAAAUCAUAUUGCCUAAUUAACUAAAAAUGGAUGAGAUAUUGUUACUGAACUGCAUGCACAGGUACUUAAUUAGUUCACUGCUGAAUUAAUGUGUAAGAGUACCUCUCACUUGUUAUAACCAUUAUUUUAAAAUGACUUGUGCUUAAAAGAAAAAUAUCAGAAUUGCCAAAAUGUCAACUGUACUGAUUUUAAGUAACUUACUAGCUGUUUAUCUGACCACUGACUGAACAGUGAGGGAACAACUCAUCACUGAUGAGAUUUAGUAGUUCAGAAUGAUGGCAAAGGGUAAACUCUGUGUUACAAGAUCAACACCAAAAAGACAAAGCUGUACUUCAUUGGUUCUUUAUAGCAAUGAUGUUCAAUUAUUUUUAAACUAUUUACUUGACCUUCAUGUAACCUAAUAUUAAAAACCUAACCCAGAAUAUUAACCCGAACCUCUCCUGCUGUGCUUUCUGGAUAAAAUUCAUUCCUGUGGAGAUGGGCCAGCCACAGAGGCUUAGGCUGUGCCGAGGUCAGCAAAAGGACUAUGGCUGCAUAAGCUUUUAAGAGGCCUUGUGCUGCUGAUCUACACAAGGGAGAAUUUCAUCUGCUUUGUGGGAGCACUUUUUAUUUUGGUAGCACUAAUUUACAAUUAGAAGCAGGUCUUAGACCUAGUCCCAGACCUGAAUUCCCUGAGGAAGGCCAGCUCCACAUCAGAAGUCUGAAGCACGUCUUCUCUGGCACUAGGCAGAAGUGGCUGAAUAUAGGCCACUUCUUCAACAUUCAACUGAUGCUAUUUCAGAAUUAUGGUCAAGUUUCAACCUUGAAAAAUGAAAUUACUUCUGGUUAAUCACUGUAAAUUGAAUGUAUGCAGUUAAUUCAAAGGGUUUUUCUUUUUAUACACACACACAUAUACAUACAUACAUGUGUAUGUGUGUGUGGUUGAUGGUGGCAAUCAUAAAUAAAUAGACAUCAUAUUCAGUGAUGCUCUCAAGCUAUUUUCAUGGCAAAGCCUUAAGGCACCAGUUCAAUGCACUCAUUUUAGGGUCUUACUCCCUUUGGAUUCCUACAGGCUGCUUCCUUGAAUUCCAUGCUAUUUUCUCAUCUUUCCCUGAAGGAAGGAACUCUUCAUGUUGCCAGUCAUGGCCUAUGCACCUCAAUGAGGUUUUGACCUCAUCAAAAGUGGUUUUGAAAAUAAUAUGGACAGACUCUGCCUCAGCUUUUAUAUAGAUCAGGUCCCUGACUCCACAUGCCUUUGUCGCCCUCCCAUGUAUGCCACACCAAAUGCAGGGCAGCAAAAGGGACCGACUUGCAGGUCAGACAAAGUUUUACUUGCUGCAGUUGUGGUCAGAUGAUGCUGUAUACUUGACAAGUAUAAUUCUGAAUUUAACUACAUUUUUUCCGUGUCUUUAAUUACAUGUUUGAAGAAAACUUACAGAACUGUAGGUUACCCAGUGUUCAUGUAAACCCUGUGCAAAAGGCCGAUUUGAUUCACUGUUUCUCUGCUAUAGGUUAAAAGGCAAUAUAGCUGUACCCAUGCACAUUUGGCUUCAUUAUGUCACUCUGUGAGGUGACUGCCAGCCAUGGUGGGGCAUUAGCCAGGUAGGAGUGGCCAGAGCGUGGCCAUCUGCUCUGACAGGCACUUGCACUUAUGCUGAAGCCUACGCUGCGCAUUAAAUGUCUGUGCAGAAAAUAAAAAUAGUCAGAUAGUCAGUUAACCAAAAGUAACUAGUUUCAUCAAAAAAUGGUGGAAGCAGCUUAUCACCUACUGUGCUAGAACUUUUUGCAUAGCCAGUGGGCUUUAUAGCCCUCACUAAUGUUUUUUUUUACCAUGACAUGGAAAGCCUGGGGAAAAGCAGAACACAGGUAGGGAUGAGAAAGGGACAAUUUAUUUAUAUUGUGCACUGCACGACAAGCCUACAUUUGCUGCAGGUCUUUGUGCACUGGCUGAAGUGUAUAAAGUGCUUCCACUACAUUUUCUCAAAAACCUUCAGAUCAUAACAGUUCUGCCUGUAAAUCAGCCUAAAAUCUUGCUUCUCCUAGUUAUAUCAUACCUAUUCACUGGAUUACUGUAUAAAUCCCAUCUACUUCUCUGAAGUUAUCCACACAAAAAUCAUAAGCAGUGACAAACUGGUGCGAUAUCUCAGGCAUACUUGAAAUAUGCUCUCAACAAGUUGUUGUCAAUUCCAUAUUUGCUGAAAGAACUUAUUUUUAAACUUCAAUUAAAUAUUAAAUAUGUUUGUAAAUUCUUAGAAAUGCAUGGUACUAAUACCGCAGUUCAUACCGACUUCCCUGAAGCCAGAAUUUAAUUCAGGGAAAAGGUGUUAUAUAGUUCAACCUCAGAUAUGACAUAAUUUUCAUUAUAUAACAUCAUAUAACAUUCAUAAGAAUGAAUUCCUGUUUUAGGGACAAAACUCAGCUGAGUCUUAACUACAGGGCCAUAACCAGUAUCUCCUUAAUGUAACUGGAACAGUAAUAAUAAUCUCCUGCCUUAAGCUUCAGCAGAUAUCAAGAUCUGUUUGGUGCAGAACAAAAGGGCAUUUUUAAUUUGCAUAAACUAUGCAGUUUUUUAAUGUCAACUGAUAUUCAGUGAUCGCAUUCAUAUUGAAUUAAUAUAACAUAGUUGGCAACAAGAGAAAGCUUUUCCAGUUGUAAGAUGUUCUGGUAAAUGAAUUAAUAAUAACCAGACUUGAUCAUAUUAAUGUGAAAAAAAAAAUUUAGAGCAUUGCUCAACUUUCAGUUUGGGUUUGUUUUUCUUUUUUCUUUCUUUUCUGUUUUCCUCUUUUUGGAAAAUGUGUUUUUUUUUUUUUUUUUUUUUUCCUAAAGCUAAACUUAGCACUGUAGUAAUUUGGAGAGUGACAAUGCAACUGGUACUGGGUUAAAGUUUGGCUACUGCAUGUUGUUUCAUAGAAGCCAGUGCAAUUAUUCACAAUAGGAGGCAAUAUUGGCAGGGCUAAGUGUUUGGAGAAGCAAGCUCUGAGCAGAGUAGAAACUGUACUUUGUUGUAGUUUUCACUGUGGAUUUGGACAAAUGAGUUGGAGUUCAAAAUAAAUAUAUUCAAUCCCUCAUAAA